UUAACAAGGAGGAAGAGUAACAGGAGGUUAAAAUCAGGUGCUGUGAAAAUCAGUUUCAAAAUUUCUUAACAAAAAUGAGGAACUAAAUAUUUAAAUAAAUAAUAUAAUAAAAUGUAUACACAUUUCCAAAUAAAUAUACGUUUAUUCUUGGCUGAAGCGCACUAUAGUGGAAGACAGAUUAUGCAAAUUUAAUUAUAACAACGUUGUAUAGUUGUAUGUGGAGUAGAAUAUCAACCAAUUGGCCAAACUUUGAACCCUUCACAGUUGAGUUCACGCUAUUAUCAAACGAUUUGUAACAUUCUAGCGUGUGUGUAAGUUGUUUCUGUUCGGCGCCGGCCUAUUAAUGAUUACAUAAAGUAUAUUGUAAAAAAAUUUAAACCAAAAUGAAUACUGACGAUAUAAUUUACCUGGGUCUCAUAUUUUUCCAAAUGGGAUUUGGUUUUUAUUAUCGAACAAUUAACAAUGUAGAGAAUAAGAAGUUAAUUGGAGCCGCCGUUGGACUUGCAAUUGCUGUUGUUGUAUCCGGCUUUCAUGUAUUGCAUGUGUUGAUAAGCACCUUAAUUAAUGCCUGUAUUAUAUUGUUUAUUGAUAAAAGGAAAUGUCAUGUAUAUUCAUUUGUCUUUUCCUUUUUGUAUCUCAUGUUCUUCCGAACAACGGCCUAUUUUGGAAUUCCAUAUGCUCCAGGACACACCAAUCUGGUCCAAAUGAUGUUGACUCUAAAAUUAGUCGGUCUGGCUUGUGAAGUUAACACUUCCUUCGAAGCUAAAAAGAAAAAGGAUGAGUCAACCAAAACCGAAGAACAAGAGUAUGAGGAUGAAAGACUACAAUUUAAAAUCAGUUUUACGGAUAUUUUUUGUUAUACUUUCAACUACUGUGGAGUUUUAACAGGUCCAUAUUUCCGCUAUGUUACCUACUUGGACCAUUUAUACAAGCCUUACUAUAAAUACGACAAUAUUGUAACGGCUCUUAAGAAAAGGAUACACUGGAUUCCCAUUUUGGGGGCAGCUCAUCUUAUUACUAAUUAUUAUUGGCCGCUAUCGUACGUAAGCACAGAAGAGUUUUUGGACAGGUCAUUUUUCUAUAGAGCUUGGUAUGUCUGGCCAUCAUUUUUAAUAUUUAGAAGUAGGAUCUAUUUUGGACUAGUACUCACUGAAAUCGUAUGUAUCUUUGGAGGUUUGGGAGUAUAUCCAGAAUUUGCAAAAGCCAAAUCUGGUCAUGGACCAACACAAAACUACAAAAAGCUCAAGGAAACGACUGAUCCAGAAGUUUUAAAAGGACUCGAAUAUGACUAUGAAACCAUCCAAUCCAUAAACCCUUAUGAAUCAGAUUGGGUUCCUACAAUGCGAGAAGCCAUGAAACACUGGAACAUCACCAUUCAAUACUGGUUAGCAACUUACAUAUACAGAAAGUUCCCAUAUAAAAAAUACCGCACACAUGUUACCAUGUUCAUGUCUGCAUUAUGGCAUGGAGUUUAUGCUGGAUAUUACUUCUGCAUAGCCACUGUACCGUUUGCUCUUCUCUACGAAGAUGUUUGGGUGAAAUUACUACUAGAUGGCACUGAAGGUGUGUCGUUACAACUUGGAAAACUACUGCUGCUCUUCCUAAAAAUGCAAAUGUUCUCCUACCAAAGCAUUUCGUUUGUUUUGUUAGAAAUUAGAAAGAUAAUGAAUUACUACAACUGCGUCUACCACUGGAUACCAAUUGUAUACGUCGGCAUCUAUUUCUUAGGAAAGCACCUUCUAAAAUUGAAAAGACAGCGCGCUAAGAAGGCUCAAGCUGAACCCCAGAUUGAUAUAAGAUAAGUUGAUAUAGUUCUUACAUUUAAUCUUUGCAAGUUCAUGAAAUUAUUCAGGAAUUAAUUUUUAUACUAGGUCUCUUUUUUACUCACAGAAACUAGUAUCGCAAUAUUAAACCGCUUGUCCAUAGAAACCACAAUAAGUUAAACAAGGAUAAACAAUACGGCAUGUCUUUGAUACCUUGUUUACUAUUAAUUUUGACGUUUAUCAUUUUCAGUGACAGUGACAUUAGCGCAUUUGUUGCAUUUAUCGGUUUAUUUCCAUUUAUUGUUUAUUUGGUUUUAUAAAUCAAUCAAGUUUUAUGUAUCAAUUUUAUCAAUAAGUUUAUUUGGGUUUAUAUUUAUAAAAAAUAAAUAUAAUAUUUCAGUUAAAUAAAUGAAGAGUUACAAUUCUACCUUUUGGGUCCCCAGGCAAACACGAGUAUUAGUAAUAUUAGUAUUGACUCAAUUUGUGAAAAAUUUGCAGUUGUGUCUUGUGUCACUGUUUCCAUAAAGGUACGAUAUAUUAAAAAUAUUAAUUGUUUUUAUAUAAUUCACUCGAUAGUUUUGUAUUUCUCAACCUUAGGUAAUAUUAAAUCUUAACAAUAUUACCUUUUCUAUUGUGACUUUUUUUAAUUUAUUUAUUACAGUUCUAUAUUUAGCUUUAUAUUAAUAGUAGUCGAUAUGAUGUUCAAGCUGUUUAAUGUUGAGUCCAUAAAUCUCUUUAAUAGUUAAAAUAAAAAAGAUCAAACACUUUAUCUAAAAAGUAACACUACAUAUUUUACUAAAAAGUAACCUUAUAAAAUACGUCCUCCCGAAUAAUAGCCAUUUCCUAAUAAUUACAUUGACAGUACAUAUCAAUGAUAUUACAUAUCGACGUACGUAUGACUUAAUGUUUUGAUUUAACUUGUUUGCAAAUGAAUCAUGACGUUUGUGCAAAGAUAAAAUGGAACAACUAUACCUACAAGAUGAAGAUAUACACUAAGCAUCAAAAUUAACGCAGCACCUUAAAAAUAGGACAUUUUUGAUGUCUCGUAUUUCCUAAACGUGUUGUCCGAUUUGAGUGAUUUUUUUAGUAUAUUAUAGCUUUAUUCUUCAAGAAUAUCGGUGCAAUAAUAUUAUUGCUAAAGAGGUAAGUGUAAUUGUAUACCGGGUGUAACAAUGAUUGUGUGUUUUUUCCUCAAAAUUUGUAACACCCUGUGGAAUAUUUUAGAAUACAUAAAAUAUUGAAAUUAAAACACAACUGUAACCUUAGGCAUUCUUAACAUUUUGCUUUUUGAUUCAUUCGCUUAUGUUGGAUAAUAAAAAAGUUAGGUACUUUAACAACUAGCAAUGUUAUUCAUCAAUACAGGAUGUUUCUAAAUAAGAGCGACAAACUUUAAGGGGUAAUUCUGCAUGAAAAAGUAAUAACCGUUUGCUUUAUAAGUAUAUGUCCGCAAAUGCUUUGUUUAAGUGAUACAGUGGUAUGGGAUGUUGAAUUUUUUCUGACAAACCGACGAUUUAUUUAUUGCUCUAAAACUGGUUGAGAUAUGCAAAUUAAAUUUGGUAGGUUUGAAGAGGUAGUUAUUGCGCAUUUUUUGACAUAUAAUUAAGAAUUUUAUAUUCACCAUUGGCGUGCAUACGGGUAUAAACAUUUUAGAUACAUCCCGUAUGCACGCCAAUGGUGAAUAUGAAAUUCUUAAUUGUAUGUCAAAAAAUGCGCAAUAACUACGUCUUAAAACCUACCAAUAAAUAAAUCGUCAGUCUGUAAGAAAAAAGUCAACAUCCCAUAUCCGGGAAAUGAAGCAUUUGUGGACAUAUGUUUAUGAUAUAAAGCAAACGGUCACUAUUUUUUCAUGCAGAAUUACCCCUUAAAGUUUAUCGCACUUAUUUAGUAACAUCCUGUAUUGAUGAAUAUCAUUGCUAGUUGUUAAAGUACCUAACUUUUUUAUUAUCCAACAUAAGCGAAUUAAUCAAAAAGCAAAAUGUUAAAAAGCCUAAGGCUGCAGUUGAGUUUUAAUUUCAAUAUUUUAUAUACGUUAGAAUAUUCCACAGGGUGUUCCAAAAUUUGAGGAAAAAUACACUAUCAUUGUUACACCCGGUAUACAAUGACACUUACCUCUUUAGCAAUAAUAUUAUUACAUCGAUAUUCUUGAAUAAUAGGGCUUUUCAUUCACAGUCAUUUGUUUCGAGCUUCUGUCAUAUGUCGUAUAAUCCGUGUAUAUUAAUAUUAUACAGAGAUUAUAAAACAUAAUGACAGAAGCUCGAAACAAAUGACAAUCGAUGAAAAGCCCUAUAAAGCUAUAACCUACUAAAAAAUCACUUAAAUCGGACAACAGGUUUAAGAAAUACGAGUUAUUAAAAAUGUCCCAUUUUUAAGGUGGUGCGUUAAUUUUGAUGCUUAGUGUAUAUACGUAUAUGGAAUUGAAAGACAUUUAUUCAAGACAUUGUUAUUUAUUUAUGUAUAUACAGGGUGGGGCAUUAGUGUGACAAAGUCCAAUUACUCGUUUGUCGUAAGAGAUAAGAAAAAAAGUUAUUUAGGUAAAAGUUGGGGCACACAUAGUACCAUAAUUUAAAAAUAUUUUCAAAUAUACAGGGUCGUCCGUAUUGACAGGGUGACACAAACUUAUGUUUUUUUAAUAGAACACCCUGUAUAUUUUUACAUUUUUGGAUUCUCCUCGAUGUUUCAUUUCUUAAAAUAUAUGGUUUUGUAAUAUUAUACGAGGUAGUUUAAAAGUUAAUUACGUUUUUUUGUUAAUUUCGUAGCAAAGUCUACACUUUGUAGAAUUUUAGUGAUUUGACAUCAAAUUUUUAUUUUAUGUUCAAACGAUUUUUAAUAUAGUCUACUAUUGUUAAACAUUAACAGUAUAGCGAAAUGUGUAAUUUUAGUAUACAGGGUGGGUUGAAACUCGGAAUGAGUAUUUUCUGAGUUUUCUUAAAUGGAACACCCUAUAUUUAAGUAUUGUAAUAAAAUUAUAUUUUAUGGUACUUUUUUAUUUCUUAAGCAUUCCCUAUACCUAAGUGCUUUAAUUUGUAAGUUAUUCGUGAUUCUUUAAGCCAAAUAUUAAUUGUAAGAAAAAUUACGUGAAAUUUUAUUAGGUGGCUGUGAAAAUAUUUAAUCAAAAAUAAUUUUUGGAAAAGAAAAUACAUCAUAAUCUAGUCUGAUCCUUAGUUUAUUACUAUUGGAUGAAAUAUCCAAAUAAAUUCGUAGUUAAAGUUGUUGGUGCGCAAAAUAUUAAUAAAAACAUACAAUAUUCUACCUAGUCGGCUAUGACACUAAAUUUCCUUAAAAAUUUGACAUUAUACUAUUUUUAUAGAUCCAGUUGCGCUUUGUUACCAUUACUAAUAUGUAUUUUUCUUAUGAGAAACUGAGUAAUAAGAUUUUGGUGCUAGUGGAAUAUAACAAAAAUAUGCUACUAGCAAUAAGAAUUUUUCAUCAGAAAUUCCCUGAUAGACGACAACUAAGAAGAGAAACGUUUAAAAAUAUACUAGAACGGUUUCAACGGACUGAUCACUUAGAUUAUGAUAAAUCUGCUUGAAUAAAAACUAUUGUAAGUGAAGAAAACAGCAAUUAAAUGUAAUCCUUAGUGUCACUGAGGAUCUGCAUAUUAGUACAAUCAUUCUUACAAUCUAAGUAUCUAGUCUGUUGAAACCGUUUUAGUAUACUUUCAAAAGUUUCUCUUUUUGGUUGUCGUCUAUCAGGGAAUUGCUGAUGAUAAAUUUUUAUUGCAAGUAGCUCAUUUUUGUUAUACUCUCCUAGCACAAAGACAUUUUAAUCCGUUCCUCAUUAGAAAAAUUAAUAUUAGUAAUGGUAUCAAAUCAACUGGAACUAUAUAAAUAGUAUAAUGUCAAAUGUUUAAGCAUAUUUUGUGACAUAGCCAACUAGGCAGAAUUUUGUAUGUUUGAUUCAUAUUUUAAGCACCAACAACCUUAACUACGAAUGUAUUUGGAUGUCUCAACCAAUAUUAAUAAAUUAAGGAUCAGGCUAGAUUAUUAUAUAUCUUUUUUCGAAAAAUUACUUUUGAUUGGAUAUUUUCACGGAUACUUAAUUAAAUUUUACGUAAUUUUUGUUGCAAUUAAUGUUUUCUUAAAGAAUGACGAAUAACUUACAAAUUAAAGCACUUAGGUAUAGGGAAUGCUUAAGAAAUAAAAAAGUACCAUAAAAUAUAAUUUCAUUACAAUACUAAAAUACAGGAUGUUCCAUUUAAGAAAACUCAGAAAAUACUCAUUCCGAGUUUCGACCCACCCUGUAUACUAAAAUUAAACAUUUCGCUAUAUUAUUAAUGACUAACAGUAGUAGACUAUACUAAAAAUCGUUUGAAUGUAAAUAGAAAAUUUGAUGUCAAAUCACUACACUUCUACAGGGUGUAGAUUUUGCUACGAAAUUAACAAAAAAACGUAAUUAACUUUUAAACUACCUCGUAUAAUAUUACAAAACCAUAAAUUUUAAGAAAUGAAACAUCGAGGAGAAUCCAAAAAUGUAAAAAUAUACAGGGUGUUCUAUUAAAAAAAACAUAAGUUUGUGUCACCCUGUCAAUACGGACGCCCCUGUAUAUUUGAAAAUAUUUUUAAAAUAUGGUACUAUGUGUGCCCCAACUUUUACCUAAAUAACUUUUUUUCGUAUCUCUUUCGACAAACGAGUAAUUGGACUUUGUCACACUAAUGCCCCACCCUGUAGGUAUACUCCAAGUAUAUUCAUCUCACUACAGGUUAAGGUGUGGAGUUAUCUCCAAUAAUAGAUAUUAUAUUUAUAUUUGCAUCUGAUUUUUAUGUAUAAAUAUACAUACUGUUUUUACAGUA